AUGUCGAACCCGACACCAGCAUUUUUCAACGGCCCUCUGCGGUACAUCCGCUGGUCCGCCCGCGAGCGUCCCGCCUACCUGUACUCGGUCGCCCUGGGCGCCUUUGGCCUCAUCAUGCUGGCCACCGUUCCUCCGGUCCAGAAGCGCCUCGGCUACGAGAGGGCGAAGCCGAUUCCCAUGACAUAUCCCAUUCCUGCAGGACCGAGGAAACAGCUGAGCGGAUAUGAGGACUAA